AUGUUCAACCUGGUCAAGAUGUCGUACAACGCGUGCGACGAGCCGGCGAAACGUUGGUACGACACGAAGCCAAAGAACGUGGUCAAGGUGAAGCUGAAACGGUGCUGUGCCGCGCUGUUGGAGAUCGCGCGCGGCGGGCCGCGGGUCACGGACUCGCGGAACGGCUGGGUGUGCCGAACGGCCGCGUGGAACGGCCACGAGGACUGCCUGCGGGCGGCGCACGCGCUUGGCUACCGGUGGGACGCGAUGACGUGCCAGGCCGCGGCGGCCGGUGGCCACCUGGACUGUCUGCGGUACGCGCGCGACAACGGGUGCCCGUGGAACGCGAACACGUGCCGGUGGGCCGCGCGCAACGGACACCUCGACUGUCUGGAGUACGCACUGAAGGCCGGGUGCCCGACGGCCGGGAACGCGUGCGACCUGGCCGCGGGCCGCGGGCGCCUGGACUGCUUGCGGUACCUGCACCGCACCGCCGUCUACGACUGGGACAGGAUCACGUGCAUACUGGCGGCCAAGAACGGCCACGUGGACUGUUUGGAGUACAUGCGCGACAACGGGUGCCCGUGGAAUAGCCUGGUCACCUAUUGGGCCGCGAUCAAAGGCCACCUCGAGUGCAUGCGGUACGCGCACGAGCACGGCUGCCCGUGGCACGAGAAGACGUGCUUCUGGGCCGCGGUCUACGGCCACAUGGACUGCUUGGCGUACGCGGUGGCCAACGGCUGUCAGUGGGACGAGGACGCGCGCAUAUGGGCCGCGGACUAUGAACACCUGCGCGAGUAUUUGUAA